AACAAUUAUGUUGAAAAGUAAACAAAAGGCGAACAUUUUGUUUAGCAAAUUUUGACAUAUUACCGAUGUGAUAUAAAUAUCUGGAACAAAACUAACUUGAAUUUUUCUUCUUUUUAAAUUAUUACAUUAAAUACUCUAGAUUUAGUUUUUUUUCGUUGAAGCAGAAAUAUUCGAAAUGGAUCAAUCACCAUUUACAGAUGGCCUGACGAAAAAAAUUCUUUAUGCUGGAAAGUGUGAUGUUCCAGAUUUUAAAGAUGGUUCUAAGGUUAUUUUUCACUUUCAAACCCAGACUAUUGAUAAAGAUGGUGAAUUGAAAGAUAUUAUUGAUGAUAGCAAAAAAAUUAAUCGACCAAUGGAAAUAAUCUUAGGAAAACAAUUUAAAAUGCCUAUAUGGGAAGAGUGCUUGAAAUCUAUGAGAACAGAAGAAGUUGCUGAAUUCAGAGUAGAAAAGAAUCUUGUGGAUGCAUAUCCUUUAGUGUCAAAGAGCUUUCGAGAAUUUGCAGGUAUAUCGCAGAAUACGAAGAAAGGUCAUUGUUGUGGAAUGAUGGCUUAUGCUGAAGGUGUAGGACACAGUGAUUUAGAUAAUCUCAUUAGACUUCCUUCAGAUUUGGCUUUUACUUUAGAACUUUUAAAGGUGGAACUCCCUGGUGAAUAUGAGAAAGAAUCCUGGUCAAUGGAGCCUGAAGAAAAACUUAAAUCUAUUCCUGAAUUGAAAAACAUUGGUAAUGAGCUUUAUAAAAAUAAUCAGUAUGAAGAAGCUGGCAAGAAGUAUGCAGAAGCAUUAGGCAGGUUGGAGCAACUUUUGCUCAGAGAAAAACCUGGUGAUGAAGAAUGGGUUGCUCUAGAUAAUUUGAAGAUACCCAUUCUUUUAAAUUAUGCACAGUGUAAACUUCAUCAAAAAGAUUAUUAUCCUGUCAUAGAAUAUACGACACAAGUUUUAGAUAAAGAUAAAAGUAAGUGGGGUAACGUGAAGGCAUUAUAUAGGAGGGCUAAAGCUUAUGUUGGUACUUGGGAUCUGGAACCCGCACAAGAGGACUUUUCUAAAGUAUCUGAGUUGGAUCCAUCUUUUGAAAAAAUUGUACAAAAAGAGUUAAAAAAUAUUAAAGCAUUGCAAAAACAAAAAGAUGAUGAAAUGAAAUCAAAACUUCUAGGAAAAGUAUAAAUUUUAUUUCAUUGACUGCAUAUUCUAUUGUUGAUGGUGAUCUGUCAGUUUCCCACUAUUUGUUCGUGUCAAUUUAGAAAUAUUUUCAUUUGAUCACCUAAUUUAUUUUAAACUGGAUUCGACUUCAUUAUAUAAGUUGUUAUUUAGGAAUAAAUAUUUUUGUACAAGUCUUAAAAGAGUAUACCAUACAUGGUGAUUGUCGAGAUUCGUAAAAAAAUAUUUAUUGUUAUAGACUUUAUAGUUUAAAUUUAAAUUAAAUUUACUGUCAAGUUUUAGUUUAUGUGUGCAUCUAUUUAAAUUAUGUAGUUCAAUAUUUGUACUAGUCAAAUACAAAAAAAUAUAUAUAUAUGUAGAUCAAUUUAUUUAUUUAGACAUCUUGUUUCUUUCUGAAAUUGCAUUUAAUUUAUUGGGUGUUUACAAAGUAAAAUCAUUUUAUACUCAGUUUUUUAGUUAUUUAACUUUUUAUUUACAUUCAUGUGAUUUUAUAAUGAGACUGAUAGGUUAAUGAUUUUCAACUGUAUUUUGGACAAACUUAAUUUAGAAGCAUCGUAAAAACUAGCCCUGUGUAUUUUUUUCUACUUAACUAAUAUGCUAAAUCAAACACACAUUAAACUUUACUCUUUUUAUUUUUAUAAUUUUAGUGCUGCUAUUCUAAAAAGAGAAUUACGUAAAAAUUUUUAAAUAAGCAUAAAAAGUCUUCUUUUAAAAUAAAUUUAAAUUAUUGAGAUGAAAUUCAUGUUUAUUAUGAAUUUUGCAAUGAAAAAUUUGAUGUUUUAAGCUUUUUUUUAUUUAAAAUUUCAAUAACAUUCCAUUGAUAUAAAAUGGUUGUUUUAAUUGUAGAUUUUUUAAAAUUUUGUUUAUUACAAUUUAGAGUUUUUAUCUAUUUUCAAAUGCAUUGAAAAAUAUGUAUGAUUUGUAACUGUUGCAGUAACAAUUUGCCUAAUUUUAAAUGAGAAAUUUUGUCACUUUUAUUUUGUUUAAGAAAGUUUAAAGCUAUGGUCAUAAACAAAUAUAUUCAUCUAAAUUUUAUAAACUAAGUCAUAUUUUUUAAAAAAUUUUGUCAAAAAUAAUUUCUGGAAGAGGUUGGAAAUAAAUUCGAUAUAUCUGCA